AUAAACCGAAAUAAGCGGUAUAAGCACCAAGUAGCCGCCUCUUUCUCUACCCCUUUCGAUGUCUCUAACAACUCCGAUUUCGUCCCUCUUUCUCGAAUCUCGAUCGACGAAAGCACACAUUGGCCUAACCCCAGAAAAAGAAAAAGAAAGAAACAAAACACCAAGAGACACCCACCUGGUGGUAGCAACAGUAGCAAGAAGCGAGAGAAGAACACAUGAAUUUGCAGAGAAUCUUCGCUUUUCUGCAAAUCUCUAUUCCUCUUCGAUUGUUCUAACUACAAUGAAAGAUCGUAGGAGACGUGAGGUAGUUUCAUGGAACAGGUUUUUCUGGUGCACUGUUUUCGUUGUCUUUGCUUGCGUCCUCGUCGCCGGCUUCACGUUCUCCACCUUUCGGCUCUUCGGAGAAUCAUUUCAUCCAGUUCUGUUGUCAGCGUGGCAGAAUCCGGCGAUGGAAGUACUCUCCGGCGAGUAUCCGGCGUCGCCGCUGAUCGAGAUUCGAGAAACCGUCAUCUUCCCCGACCAGGUGCUGAUAUUCCUAAAAUACCCUCCGUCCGUCCCUUUAUUUACGAAGGAGCUCCUUGACUGCGUCUACUUCUCGGCGAACUCAUCCCAUCCCCAAUUGAAGCUCCCACCGGACCAGGUCGACGGUGACGGUGACGAUCCAAUCAACCAAAUCGUACGGUGCCCGCCCUUUAACCAGCAAGGCGGCUCCACCAUAACCGUCUCCCUCGCCUGGAAAUCAAACGGUUAUCUCCCAGCGGGGCCAUCCUACCGCUGGGAUUCGUUGGUGUACGAAGCUUUGGUGGACCGCGACAACACCACCGUGGUCUUUGUCAAGGGCCUCAAUCUACGGCCCGACAGGCUGUCCGAGCCCUCCAGAUUCGAGUGCGUCUACGGCUUGGAUUUCAGCAAUCCGAGGUUGGUUCUCAGGUCUGAAGUCAUUUCUGUUGCCCAGGAGAUCGUACGGUGCAGGACACCUUUGAUUGUGCUGAGAAGCAGCCCUUCUGAGAAUAAGCUCGACCGUUCCUACGACUCCAUCAAGGUAUCCGUGAGGUUGAAGGCGGUUAGGGGGAGGAGCAUCAUCCUAAACUCGGUGGCGCAACCGUUGCCGUUGCCGGAAUCUGACGCAGAUUACGACAGAAAUAAGCACGAGAUGUGCGUGUGCACGAUGAUUCGUAACCAAGCCCGGUUCUUGAGGGAGUGGGUCAUGUACCACGCACGAAUCGGGGUGAAACGCUGGUUCAUCUACGACAACAAUAGCGACGACGACAUCGAACGCGUGGUCGACUCACUGGAUGAAUCCGGGUUUAAUAUCACCCGACAUUUAUGGCCAUGGAUCAAGACCCAGGAAGCCGGUUUCGCCCACUGUGCAUUGAGGUCAAGGGACUCAUGCCAGUGGGUGGGGUUCAUCGACGUUGAUGAGUUCGUACACUUGCAGUUACAGUCCGACUCCAACAACCAAACCCUGACGUCAUUACACGAUCUGUUGACCAAGCAACCCCAUGAGGUUGCCGAACUACGUUUAUGGUGCCAUAGUUUCGGACCGUCGGGGCUUAAAAAGGCUCCAGAAGGAGGGGUCACAGUAGGGUACACGUGUCGGAUAUUGACCCCAGAGAGACACAAGAGUAUAGUGAGACCCGAAGCACUGAAUCCUACGCUGGUUAACGUAGUCCACCAUUUCCACCUAAGGGAUGGGUUCCAGUUCGUGAACGUGGAUAGAGGAGUGAUGGUGGUUAAUCACUACAAAUAUCAGGUAUGGGAGGUGUUCAAGGAGAAGUUCCACAGGAGGGUUGCCACGUACGUGGCUGAUUGGCAGGAAGAAGAGAACGUAGGGUCCAAAGAUCGAGCCCCCGGGUUGGGUACAAGAGCAGUCGAACCGCCUGAUUGGUCGAACCGGUUUUGUGAGGUCACAGAUACGGGUCUGAGGGAUUGGGUGUUGCGGCAGAUGGCCGAUCCUCAAACCCAUUUGCUUCCCUGGCAGCAACAACAGAAUGAGGAGCGAGAAGAUAGAUUAUUAUUGAUUGAAGAGGAUAAGAUAAAGGGAAAGAGGAGAAGGAAACGAAGACGAGGGAUAGACGUCAAUUAGAAUCAGCUUCUUUGUCUUCUGGUUUUUUUCCCUUGGAUUUCAUUCAUUUCUCAUUCUUUCUGUUUUUUUGUAGAUAGAGAUGAAAUACAAUCACAGAUGAAGCUUCGAUUUUCCUUUUGUAUCGACGUUCUGCUAGCAAUUAAUGACUCAAUAGGAGGAUGGAAAGGCCUUGUUUCCUUGGCAGCCCACAUAGGAAAGCCUUCUUAUAGAUUGCCUAUUUCUUAGUGUAGUUGACUAAACAAUUUUUUUAUUUUCUUUUGGUUUGACAAGUUAGUCAGCCAAACUAUAUUCCAACUAAACAGUAUUGAUAGGUCAAUGAAUCUUAUUUUAUUUUUUAAUAUAGAUUUUUGUGUUAAAACU